UUGGCGAUUGCUGAUAAUAAUAUAAUAAAAUUAUACUUCAGUUAUCACAUUUCUACACAUAAUUAUUAAUGUAACCACACGGUCAAGUCGAAUAUCGUUUGGUAACUGUGAAAUUGUUUUACUCGUCAGACGGUGUGAACAAGGCUUUGCUCGCAAGUCGCAGACCUCACUGCCGCAAUACUGUUCGAGUAUUCGCCAUUCGGUAUUCGAUACUUCGAGUGAUCGUUCGUCUCAGUCACCAGUCACGUUUCGUUCUUCUCGUUGUAAUCCGUCCGUGAUCGUUUCGUUACUUUGCGGCAUUUGUCCGAUAAAAGUGCAUGUCCCGGUUAAUUUAGCAAGCAGCCUGCCACGAAUCGCGGUCGAUCACCAUGCAGAAUAACGACGGUAAUAAUGCGAGCAAUAAUAAUCCUCCAAUUUUGAGAAAUGAGCCGAUGAACCAUGAACAGCAACAACCCGACGAAACACGUGAUCCGAACGGCAAGGUAGCCGCCAACAACAACACCGGAAAUACUACUCGUAACACCACUGCGUAUUUGAAAUAUUUCAACGUGGUCCAACCCGUCGAAUUAUCUGUGUUUUCCGAUCACAAAAUUUGCGAUGAAUCAAAAACGACUGUGUCCACAAAAUCGCCUUUGAGUUCAAACCCUGUUUCGGGAACGGUAGACGCCAAAAACGGAAAAAACUUUUUCGCAAGCAAGAAUAUGAACAAUAAAAAAUCCGGACAGUAUCAUUCAUAUUGUCAACAGCAGUGGAACAACAAGAAGUACCCAAACAAAUAUCGGAAGAACAAAAACAAUUUCUCGGCGAGUAACCGCGGAUUCAAUGAAUUUAUUUCAGCAAACAAUGUCCUCGAUACACCUAUUAGAAAUUACCAGCCCGGUUCUACAAAUGACUCUGCUUGUACAGAGGCGGGUUUAAAUCAAAAUGCUUCAACCAAUAAUAUUUUCCUGGACAACCUUGAAAAUUCUGAAUAUGAUUCAGAAUGUGAAUCUGACCCUGGUGAUUUAGAGAAAAUGAGUAUGAUGACAGCUGCAGAUUUUAAUGAUGAUCGUUAUGCUCGCUAUGGGAUACACGAGUCAGAAAUCAAAGACUAUGUACGCACUAUUACUUACAAAAACUGUAUAGAAUAUUGUUCACAAGGAUAUAUUAAGGAUAAAGUGGUUUUAGUUGUCCGCUGUGGUAUUGGCUUAUUACCAUUGUUAUGUGCUCGGGAUGGAAAAGCCAAAAAAGUAAUUGCUUUAGAACAGUCAGCUUGUAUUGAAUAUGCUCGUCGCAUAAUCACAGACAAUCGGUAUAGUACUGUGAUCACCUUAGUUCAAAGCAAUGUUCAUGACUUAAAACAGUUGCCACACAGACUCAAGAAGGUAGAUGUUAUAUUAGCUGAUUGUUUAGGAGACUGUGUUUUAAGUCAAGGUGAUCAAAUGGAACAGGUUAUUGAAGCUAGAGAUCGUUUUCUUGUUUCAAAUGGUUUAAUGAUUCCUAUGUGCGUUACUCUAUAUGGUCAGUUAUUAGAACAAAGGCGAGUUUUUGGAAAUUGUCGUAUACGUAAAAGUACUAAAAAAAGAACAUAUAAAAAAUGUGAUAAUUGCCUAAAAUUAAACAAGUCUGGGAAAUCUGAAACACUGUCUAGUGAUACUGACAGUUCAUCAGAUUCAACAUUGUGUUCAUGGUGGAGUAAUGUUUAUGGAUUUGAUAUGAGAUCAAAUACAGAAAUUGUAGUUGGUUGUAAUUCUGAAAGUGUUGACUGUCCUGACUCAGCCAAAGAUAAGUGGUUCAUGAUGGAUGAACCACUAGUUACAUUUUUUGAUCCGUGCAAGGUAGUGUCUAAUGCUUGCUUAAUAAAGAAGUUUGAUAUGAAUAAAUGUACUAUAGAUGAAGUUCGCCAUGUGCAUAGUAAAGACUUAAUUUUAGAGUGUACUACACCUUAUACGAGUGCCAAUGGAGGAGACUAUGCACAUAUGUUAGAGCUGUUUAUGGUAGUUGAUUUUCCUAAUGGUCAAAAAAUUGUCGAUGAUGAUCUACAAAUAGGAUUUUCCACAUCAUCUUUUUCACCAUAUACUAGAUUUAGACAGACUGGUUUAUUGUUAAGGGACCAGUUGCUUGUUGAACAAGGUGACAAGUUUAAAAUUAAUGAGUUCCGUAUGUGGCGUGGUCCUCAACAAAGUCAAAAAACUAUGUUGGUUGGAGAAGAUACUAUCAAUAAAAGUACUUGUAAUAGAUUUGGACCAGAGGAAAAUUUAAAGCUAAGGUUAAGGUAUACAUUUAUUAACAAGAAAACCAAGGCAAUUAACAGACGUUGUGCUUACACAUUAGCCAAGCAAUUAUUUUAAGAUUUAAAUUAAAGGUUUAUGAAUACUAUAAAUGUAUUAUAUUUUAUUAAAAGAUUAUACAGGUAACUGAUAAGUAUUAAAAUCAUUCUUAAGAAUCAAAUUAUUUUAAAGGAACAUAACAAUAAAGACAGAUUUUUAAAUUAA